UAUUUCAGGGAAAGAGAGCAUAGUGACAUAGUCUCAAGUUUCAGCAUGACAAUUGUGGAGAUGAGAGUGCACAUGGACUGUCCUGGAUGCGAAAGCAAGAUCAAGAAAGCACUUCAAAAACUUGAUGGAGUUGAUAACAUUGAUAUAGACAUGGGAAUGCAAAAGGUGACAGUCACAGGAUGGGCAGAGCAGAAGAAGGUUUUGAAAACAGUGAGAAAAACUGGAAGGCAAGCUGAGCUGUGGCCUUUCCCAUACAACCCAGAAUACCAUGACUUCACUAACUAUUACUACUACAACCAAUAUCAUCAUCAGAGCAACCCUUCUUCAUACCUCACAUUCCAGCAGCCUCCUUCUUCUUACAACUACUUUAAACAUGGCUACAAUGGCCAUGAUCAUGGCUACUACCAUCAACCUCCAUUCUCGACUAUCGUUGAUGAACCGACCAGAGCCAUGUUCAGCGAUGAAAACGCUAACGCUUGUUCUAUAAUGUGAUUGUGUUAAAGCAUCUGUUGUGUGUGUAAAUUUGGUGUAUUAGUGAUGAUUUUAGACCCAUUUGCUACUAAAUUUCUGUAAUGUCUGGUGUGCACUUGUACGUAUUAGUUGAGUGAGAUGUCAUAUGUUCAAUGUUAGUUCUCUCUUUCAUGGGAG